UGAUUUGUCGAAAAUUGAAUGGCGCCAAAGUCGCGCGCCUACUUAAAAAAAUUUUGAUUCGUCGAACAUGCUACAACAAAGCCAAAGCUUGUACAGUUUAAAAAAUACUGUGAAAAUAGACGAAUAUUAGUUUAGUCUUUCAAGCCCUAAGGAAGUUGAACUUGUAAAAGGCGAAAGCAUUCAAGAAACCCUGGCAUUUUUAUACAGAACUACGAAUUGGGAGUGUUGUUUUCAACUCUCAAUGGGAAACCGAAAGACAAUGACUCAUCUUGAGGGACUUGUCGAGAUGAUUUAAAUUAAUGAUCAUGGACUCUCUUGAAUCUGGCAUGAAGAAGUGUGAUUGAGACAGAAGCUCCUAUAAACAAGUAUGGCUGACUCAGGGGAGCUGGAUUUUGUAUCGCUAGCAAGUGUGGAAAGCACCGGCAGCAUACAAGAGGCCGUUAUCGUGAUCCCGGGCCCGCCCAUCGAAGUAUUCGGGCAGAGGGGGGCACCGUCUGUUGUACUAAAGCCACUGAAGCAGACUAAGGGAAAGUUUUACUACGAAUGCAAAACUAGCACAGGAGGUUACAUGCAGCUGGGAUGGGCAGAUGACGGUUUCUCUGCGGCCGCAGACACCGGUCAAGGGUGCGGUGACGACUCUCACUCAUGGGCGUAUGACGGUACACGCACUCUUAAAUGGCACGCAAACGCUAAGGAGCCUUACGGACGCAAAUGGAAGGAAGGGGACACGGUCGGUAUCGCUGUUGACCUAGACCAGGGAGAGGUUAGCUUUUCGCUAAACGGCGACUGGUCAAGUCCAAUGGGGACAGCAUUCACUGGUAUAACCCCUGAUGGGGGCAUUUACCCAUGCCUCUCACUCAUCAGGGGUCAACGAGUGAGUGUACAUCUAGGUACGCCAUCUAACCCUUUUGAUUACAACCCACCUGAAGGGUACCUCCCACUGCGUGUUACUCAGCCCGUAGCGGCGAGCUCUGAUGACUACAGUCGGUUCGCUAGCUUUGCUAAUGUUAUUCAAAUGAACCUAUCGGAGCACUGCUUCGCCGUGUCUUACCCUGGGGAGCUGAUGGUGACGAUGAUGGGGAGAGGCCUUGGAUACGAAGCUAAAAAGAAUGCGAUGAUGCACUCAGGUUACGAAGCGACUAUGAAGCGUUGGCAAGACCACGAGAAAUCCAUUAAAGAUGCUGUGGCGCACAUUGGCCUAACACGAGACGAGACCAUGGCUGUCAUCUGCUACACUCUCGAGUCACCUCCAGUGUACCGAUACUUCAACAGCGACACCCGCAAGGGUUACCUUGGAGACGGCAUGGACUUCCCAAUCAUCAGCUACCUUCUCCGCGAGGCUUGCCGCAAAAUCCUCGCAGCCACGCCUAAGGAGCAACGCACUCGGAUAGUGUACCGGGGAGUCAAUCUGCCUUUUGCAGCAGAAAUCGGACAGGUCGUCCGGUUUGGGUCCUACACUUCCACCACUGGCAACAUCACGACAGCAGAAGAGUUCAGAAAGACGUCUACGGGCACACAGUUUGUGAUCGUCACCAAGCUCGGCGCGUCCAUCAGGGAGCUGUCUGCUUUUCCCGAGGAGGAAGAAGUACUGCUCCCCCCAUACGAGGCGUUCCGGGUGCACAGGGUGGAGCCGGGGUGUAUCUACGUGGCUAGCGUGUUCGAGAAUGACUUCGUGGAGCAGUAUUGUAGGGAUGGAGGUGCGGUGAAUCAGGCACAGGCGAUCGUAAAGGAUUUGAUAUCAGGCAAGGGGGAUACGUGAUUAGUGAAGGCUGUUUAAAAUAUACCAUAAACCGCUUAUGGUUCCAUACAUUUAAGUUUCUUAACCUUGGAAAUUCACAUUCUUAACGCGGACUUGAUAUGCAUUUGAAUUUUUAAAAGGGACCGGACACAUUCAAUGAUGAAUUUGUAAUCCCCAGUUCCCCUUGGAAAGUUCGAGUUAUUUUUGUUUUUGUGGUGUGGACAAUAAAGGCGGAUAUGGAAAACGUGGGAAAUGCCUAGAAGCAAUCGGGGCUAUAGAACCACAAGGAUUUCCCCAAUCGCGUGUAAACCCGGACUGUUUCAUGUGUCCGAGUGAUCAUAUAGGAACCAGCCCUUUAAGCUCUGACUGGCUUGGCUAAAUUAUUAUUGUCAAAAUAUCAACAGCAGUGUAUCAAGGGAAACACAGAAAACAAUAAUCUUACUUUAAUUCAAAACAGGAAUAUAGAUGACAUAACAAUUUAAA